AUGGCUGCCGACCCAGCCUUCGACCUUCCCGACACCAUCGCUGAAAUCGACAUCCGCUUAAAGCAGCUGUAUGCCGAGGUAACAGCGCUACAGAGCAAGCGAAACACGCUCGUCCCACUUUCCGCACUGCCCAACGAACUCCUUUGUCGCAUUAUCGACGAAUACGCGCGACAGACGGACUCGCUAUACGACCUCAGAUGGACCAGGGUCAUGAUGGUGUGCCGCCGCUGGUGCGAGGUGGUGCGGGCUGAGCAGAAGCUAUGGGCAUACAUCGACACCAAUCAUGGUCGCACUAUUUCAGGGAGUGUCUACGAGGAUGUCCUACGCAUGCAGCAUCUUUUGGGUAGCUACUCGGCACGGAUAGCAUCCCUGGAAUUCGACGGUGUUGCGAGCAAUGUCCUGGAUAUCAUCAAUCUUCUGCCUCACCUCUCUCUCACUUCCUUGCACUCUCUCACCAUUGGCGGACACUACAAGCAAGAGGAGCUCCCGCAGGGAAGAAGGAUGGCGAUCCCCGAUAUCCUGCUCGAUGGCCAUCUUCCCAAUCUGCGCAUUCUGUCGCUUUCGUACGUCGCUUUGGCGUGGAAUCAUAUCGGCGGUCUCGAGGAGCUCAAACUGGAAGACUGUGCGAAUACGGCAUCCGACGUUCCGCCAAGCGUCGGUGAUGUGCUACGUCUAGCGGCGGCUUCUCCACACCUAUCCAAACUUUCCUUCACGCCACAAGAGCCGCUUCUUCCCAUUUCGGACGCGGAGACAGUCAACCUACCGCGCAUGAAGUAUAUCUACCUCCUUGCGGACAUCCUACCCAUCACGAUGCUGAUUAACGACCUCAAAUUCCCUUCCACCACCGUCAUCGACCUCGUCCCCCUUGUAAUCGAAAACGGCUUCGACAUUCGUGACAUAAUUAUCCCGCUACGACACCAUCUCCGUGCUGCCAAUGGCCCCAACCUCCAAAAGCUCUCCCUCUUCGCCUAUUUCAGAGACGAGGAUGACGCUGCUGCUGGGUUGGUAUGUAAUGUGGAGCUCUAUCGCGCCCCCGAAUCAAGAACGGCCAUCCACACACCCUUCCUCUCGCUGAACACCCAUCCCAAAAACGAGCGUUGUCUGCGCCAAAUUGUCACCAAGUUUUUGCACGCAGCGCUUGCAGGUGCGAUCACGCAAAUCGAUGCUGGUGCUCAGUGCCUUAGCGAAGCGUCGUGGCGCGCUAUUCUCCAGCUGCUCCCCGGUCUCCGCUUCGUCCGCGUCUGGGCUAGCGAAACCUCACACAGCACGCGCACUAUGGAGGGCCUGUGUGCCGCGCUCUGUAAGCUGAGCGACAAUGCACCACCGCUAUACACUGUACAGGUCGAUAUCAUCCGCUCCUAUGAGCGCGACCAGCAGGAUGAUGGUGGAAUAUGGCUGGUCGACGCUCUUUCCGUGCUCUACGCCUAUGUCAAGCUUCGCCGCGCAAGCUUUGAUAUGACGCGGGCCAAUCCACUCCGGCGUCUGGUGUUCCGCGAUGACGGCGGUCUUCUUUACUCGACCAUCCAUAAAGGGGUGAUGGAGCAGCUGUUCAAGGCGAUGGACGCGAUGGGCGUGGUUCAGCGCGGAGAGUAUGAGUGGAAUCCGGUUCUUGAGCGCAGAGAACGCAACAAGAACAGGGAGUUUCUGCGCACCACGCAAGCGGGAAUGGCACUCGCCAUUGAGGUUGAUUCCGACGAGCCGGAAUCUGAAGACGAAGCGGAAACUUGA